GUCGCAUCGUUAAUGGGCGCGCUCCUUGUUCAUUUACCCAAUCAUUUGCGAAUUCCGAAAUCGGACUUGUAAGCCAUUAAAAACAGCCAUUCGGUUUAUUGCGCUGAGUGGCAGUAAACAGUGAAAAAACAAUCGGUAAACAAUAAACAAUUAAUAAACUGCGAGUUAAUAAACUAUUACCGAGCGCCCAACGGUGCGUAUACGCAAUGCGCGAAAGUGAGUGAGUGCAAGUGAAAUUGUGGCCCAUUGUCUCAGGUCACUUAAACUGGCAUUGACAUUGACAUUGUCCGAGUGGACGGACCAUCCCGUAGAGCUCCCCUCCAGCCCGCUGCACUGCACCCGAUGAUGGCAGGCAGCAGUGAAGUUUGAAGAGCCUGGAUUGUGACCCAGAAAAGUUCUCAAGUCCUAAGAGUUUGCUGUGUGCCCAUUGACGCGCUUGAAUGGAGCUCGACAAUAGCCUGCUGUCCGGAGGCAGGAUGUACUACAUAGCUCCCCAGCAGCCGUUGCUGAGGAACGAGGAGGAGGACUACCAGGAGGGGUCCCUGCUCCUCCCGGACACCGCUUCGCUGCUCUACAAUGUCACAGAUGCACUGCAGCGGAGCGAUGAGGAGGGGGCCUUUGGCUAUGGCACGACCACGACACUGAGUGGCCUGGACACCUUUAAUAUCACCUUGAUGAUGAACUUCAGCUGCGAUGGCGAAGACAUUGAGUCUGAGGACCUGUGGUCCAGUGUCUACUUCAAGAGCCUCGUCUACCUGCUGUACAUUCCCAUCUUUUUCUUCGCCCUGAUCGGCAAUGGAACUGUCUGCUAUAUCGUUCAGUCCACGCCGCGCAUGCGCACAGUCACCAAUUACUUUAUAGCCAGCCUGGCCCUGGGCGACAUCCUGAUGUCCCUCUUCUGCGUGCCCUCCUCCUUUAUCUCGCUGUUCAUCCUGAACUACUGGCCCUUUGGCGUCGUCCUCUGCCACUUUGUGAACUACUCGCAGGCGGUCUCGGUGCUGGUCAGCGCCUAUACCUUGGUGGCCAUUAGCAUUGACCGCUACAUAGCCAUUAUGUGGCCCCUGCGGCCACGCAUCACAAAGCGCUAUGCCACCCUGAUCAUCAGCGGGGUUUGGUUUAUUGCACUUGCCACGGCCUUUCCCAUACCCCUCGUCUCGGGCCUCCAGAUACCCAUGUCGCCGUGGCACGAGAAAUGUGAUAAAUACAUCUGCCGCGAGAUAUGGCCCUCGCGGACGCAGGAGUACUACUACACCCUCUCCCUGUUCACGCUGCAGUUCGUCGUGCCGCUGGCAGUGCUCGUCUUCACCUACACCCGCAUCGCCAUCCGCGUCUGGGGCAAGCGGCCUCCGGGCGAGGCGGAGACCAGUCGCGACCAGCGGAUGGCCCGCUCCAAACGCAAGAUGAUUAAGAUGAUGCUGACGGUUGUGGUUGUGUUUACCUGCUGCUGGCUGCCCUUUAAUAUUUUACAGCUUCUGCUGAACGACGAGGAGUUCACCCGCUGGGUGCCGCUGCCGUACGUGUGGUUCGCGUUCCACUGGCUGGCCAUGUCGCACAGCUGCUACAACCCGAUCAUCUACUGCUACAUGAACGCCCGCUUCCGGGGCGGCUUCCUGCAGAUCCUGCACCGCGUGCCGGGCCUGCGCCGCUGCUGCUGCCUGACCCGCUACUUGCGGAGCGGCGGCGGGGAGCGCAGCUUCGAAGCUACCGGUGAGAUGCCCAUCAAGUACCAUCGCCAAGUCGGCGAUGGCCUAGUCAGGAAACCUAAGAUACGCAUUAGGAACGGGCACAGCACUUCACCUCAAUCGUAUGAACACGUCCACCACGUACGUCAGCACCCGUCGAAAGCAACGAGCGAGUUCUAUGCGAGCGAGCCCAUUUUCAUGUGCCGAGACGUCAGUGUUGCGGUAGCUGCCAAUGCAGAUAGUGAAUCACCUGUCCGGAAAGUGGGAAGCUCAGGUGAAAUUAAUGCGAAUGGAAAGUGCACCGAGUUCUGAGUGC